CUUUGUCGUCUUCGUCGUCUGGGCACGCGAAAUGCUCACUGUCAGCGCCCACACCUUCUUGCUGCCCUCCUCCUCCCCGCACUACACUCGCCUCCGGUCGAGACCCCUCUGGCUCUGCUCACCUACCAGCGCCGCGGCGUUCACCUCCCUCCCUUUCCGCCGCCGCCGCUGCGCAGUCGACCGAAGCCGGAGGCCGACGGCUAUGGCUGCGGUGAUCUCGCCGGGGGACGGCAGCCUGGCCCACGACCUCGUGUCCUCGGCCGUCACGGCCGGCGUCGCCCUCGGCCUCCUCCGCGUCUUCGAGGAGCUCGCCAAGCGCGGCGUCUUCGAGCAGAAACUCAAUAGAAAACUUGUGCAUAUAACUAUUGGGAUGGUAUUCUUGCUCUUUUGGCCUCUUUUCAGCUCGGGAAGGUACGCUCCUUUCCUUGCUGCACUUGCACCAGGGAUCAAUAUCUUAAGGAUGCUUCUGUUGGGAUCAGGAAUUAUGAAAAAUGAAGCUAUGGUCAAAUCAAUGAGCCGGUCUGGAGACCGCAGGGAACUUCUCAAGGGCCCACUGUAUUAUGCUACUACUAUAACUUUUGCCACUUCUGUAUUAUGGAGAACAUCUCCAAUUGCUAUAGCACUUAUCUGCAACUUAUGUGCUGGAGAUGGUAUAGCAGACAUAGUGGGGAGACGUUUAGGGAAAGAAAAGCUCCCAUACAACCCCAACAAGUCAUAUGCAGGAAGCAUAGCAAUGGCCAUGGCUGGUUUCUUGGCUUCAGUUGGGUACAUGCAUUACUUUCACACUUUUGGUUUUAUGGAGGAAAGCUGGUACACGGCCUUCGGCUUCCUUGUGGUCUCCGUAGCCUCGACACUUGUAGAGUCGCACCCCCUAAGUACAGAACUGGAUGACAAUUUAACUGUUCCUCUGACAUCAUUCCUAGUUGGUAGCCUCAUUCUCUGAUGUUGAGCGACAGAGGAAGAAUACUGUGAUAUUUCUUUUCAUCAGUCUAACAUGUACCAAGAUUAUCGACCAGUGUGCGAGAUUAGUUGAGUCUGUUCAUUUUCGCCUA